GUAUCCAAAGUCGAAUACGAGAUAAUUAAUAAUCCUAGAUCAGCAAUCAUAGUCGGUCGAUCAGGGACUGGAAAGACUACUUGUAUAGUCUUUAGACAAAUAGCAUCAUACCUGACAAACAAAUUGGAUAAAAAGCAGAUAUUUAUAACAGUAAGUUACAAUCUAUGCCGUCGGGUAAGAGAAUAUUUCCAUCGGAUACGGGAAUCGGCGGUUCUUGCAGGAAAAAAGAUGUCAAUUGCCGAAUUUAAUGAGUACACAAGAAGGAAGGAGGAGGAGGGUGGCAAUAAUGACAACGAUGUCGAUUUAGUGGAUGAUGAUAUGAUUGAAGAAGACGAUGAAAAGAGGGAUCUGAGUGACAUUCCGAACUCGUUCCAUCUAUUAAAUGAACAUCACUUUCCAUUAUUCAUCACCUAUGACAAGUUCUCCGAAAUGCUUCAAGGGACUUAUGGCAUCGACAUUCAAAAGUUAAUUAUGAAACAAAAAAAUAUUGAAGAUGAUAUAUACACCAGCGAAGAAGAUGAGGAAGAGUUCCCUUUAAUAAACGUAUCCAAUGCGUCUUGGGCUCACUUU